GGAGGGACCUCGGCAUUCCCGGGGGAUCGGGUUUGAGGGAGGAUCCGCGGGGAUUUCACCGGAUCGGGUCCGGCCGGAGGCUCCGUGCGGCUCCCGCCGGGUCCGGUCCUGCCGAGGGUUCGGUUCCUCCGCCGCUCCCAGCUGAUCCGAUCCAACCGGAGACUCCGAACCGCCGCCGUUCCACCGGGUCCGGUCCUACCGGAGGUUCCGAGCCUCCCCCGCUCCCACCGGGUCCGGUCCCACCGGAGGUUCCGCCGCCGCUCCCGCCAUGAGCUCCGCGUCCUGCCCCUCCCGGGAGCCGCCCCGGUACCUCAGCCAGGCCGAGGCCGAGGCCAUGCAGAAGGAGCUGCUCGAGGAUUAUCGCUUCGGGCGGCAGCAGCUGAUCGAGAUCUGGGGACACGCCUGCGCCGUGGCUGUCACCAAGGCGUUCCCGCUGCCGUCCCUGCCGCGCCGCCAGCGCUCGCUGCUGGUUCUGUGCGGCCCGGCCCAGACCGGCGCCAUCGGGCUCGUGUGCGCGCGUCACCUGCGCACCUUCGAUUACGAGCCCACCAUCUUCUACCCACAGCGCUCCCCGGACCCGCUGUUCCGCGACUUCACCACGCAGUGCGAGAAGAUGGACAUCCCCUUCCUGUCCUACCUGCCCGCCGAGCCACCGGCUCUGUUAUUUUUGGAAUCUCCCAGCGCUGGGAACGGAGGAAUUUGA